CCCUGGUUCAGAGUCCAGUUCUUGCUCCCUUUUUUUCUGUUGAAUUUUCUAUGGCUCCACUGUCUGUUAAUCUGUUCUAUUUUUUUCCAUCAAUCAUCAUAGGCCACACUUGUUUCUUGUAAUUCUGGAUUGUUAUGAAUUGAAUGUUAUUGUUCCAGCAUAUUGAAUUUUCUUCUCAUACGUUUGAAUGAAUUAGCAGAAGAAUAAUGGAGCAUCAAUCUUCUGGGAGGUUCCAGAGGCCAAAAGGGACUAGCACAAAGCAGACAUUGAAGGUGAUGCUAGUUUUGGCUGUUUGUGCCUGGUUGGUAUAUCAGAUCCAGAAUUCAAGGAGCAAGACAGAGAACUAUGGAAGUCAAACUAAGAUUGUUGUUUCAGGAUAUGGAGCUAAGUCUUUGGGGCGUAAAGGAAUUGAAUCGCGGUUGGAUGAAAAAGCUCUUCCUGGUGAACAUGUUAGCAAGAAUGCUGAAUCAGAAUUCUUAGAGAAGGAGAAUGGUGAGGAUGCAGGGGUAACAGAGGAUAUAGAUGAGGUUCAAAGCUUUAAUGAUGAAAAUGGUGUUCCACCUGAUGGUAAUGAAACUGAUAUAGUGAUUGGAGAAAACAUUCCAAAUGUUGGUGGAAGUUGGGUUAAAAUGAUCAACAUUUAUGAAGUCAGGUAUGGAGAAGACAAUGAUGUUGAAGUGAAUUUGGAAGGAUCAAACAAAGGUGUCACAGCUGAAGAAGAAAUUAAUAUGGGAACUAUUGCUCAUGAUGAUGAUACUUCAGGGAUCAAAAGCAAUUCAGAAAUUGGUGAAGGAGGCAGGGUGGUUUUGUGAGAUUGUAAAUAUGUUUACAAUGUUUGUAAACAAGAGGUCUUAGUAGAUGUGAGUUACAAUUAGGAAAAAGUUAAGGAAAUUGUAAGUUCCUAGGCUACCGAGGAUGUCUUUAUUUUUAAAUUUAAGGAUGUAAUUGUAAUUAUCCGUAAGGAAUGUGAAGUUAUAUGUGAUUCAUAAGGAAAAGAGGAAGUUACAUAUAUAUCUUUUAUUUAAACA